AUCUGUGAAUGAUCACAGAGGUCACAUGGUACAAGGCUAUUCACAACAGCCUUGUACCAUGUGACAAGCUGUGACCAAUCACAGCUCACUCAGUAGUUCUCAAUGGCUGCAAGAAGUGGAACACCGAUUGUCGUACAGGACCUCUGUGCGAGGUCCAGAUCAUGUGAUUGGCCAAUCAGUGAUCACAUGCAGAGUAGUAAGCAAGAUGUCACCUCUGACAUCAUUGCUUACUACUUGUGAAAUCUGUGAAAUGAUCACAGAGGUCACAUGGUACAAGGCUAUUCAC